AUGGCGAGGUCAAGAAGAAAGUACAAGAACUCAAGAGCUAAAGUCCGUGUAGCUCUCCCCAAGAAAAACCCAAACAUCUUCAAACCAGCUUUCAACUUCCCUCCCAAGCUCCGCGCUCUAAUGGCCGACGAUGUUCCCGAAUGGGACGACCAAGCUAGCGUCAUCCAGAACUACAAAUCCUUCGGCGUCAUCUCUAACCCUAAUUUGCUAGGCAUCCGUUCUCGCACCGACCAUAUGAUCCAAGACGAUUCCCUCAACGUUCCUCCACCUCCUGAGCCGCCUACUGAUGAUCCUGUCGCCAAGGAGUUCGAACCUAUUGAUUCUGGAAGCGAACUUGAGGAAGACGAUCUUAAGACAGCAUUAGGGAAGCAAAGAAAAGAUGGGAAGAGUGCUCCUUUACAGCCUCUUACAACUAUGCAACGUACUCAUAUUAGACGUUUGGUUGAGAAACAUGGUGAUGACAUUGAGGCCAUGUACCGAGACAGGAAGCUGAACUCGAUGCAACAUUCGGUUGCAACGUUGCGGAAGCUAUGCACAAGAUAUCUCAUUUACAAGGAUAAGAACCCUGUUUUAGUUCCAUGA